GUGAGAAUAAAAUUCAAAUGCAAAGUUGUGGAGGGUGUUGCGCGUUUUAGGUAAAGGCGAAGCGGUUUCAGUGUUAAAAGAAAAUGGAGACGGAUGGAGACAUAAUUUCACAUCUUCGAUAUCAACUGAAAGAAGCUGAAGAGGAAAGAAGAAAAGCGGCACAGUAUGGUCUAAAGCUGGUGGAAAGUGAAAACUUGCUGCAGAACCGGCUAGAUGAAAUGCAAAAUGAAAUGGUCACCAUAACAGAGAAUUUUGAACAAGAAAAAUAUACUCUCCAGAGAGAAGUAGAAUUGAAGAAUCGAAUGUUGGGAAGUUUAAAUCUUGAAUGUGAGGCUCUUAAGCAGCAGCAAAAUGUACAGCUAGAUGCAUUGCGUAGGCAACUGGAAACAUUACAUGGGCAAGAAAUAAAUGAGCUUAAAAAUAAGGUAGAAAAACUAAAAUCAGAGCUAGAUGAAGCAUUACUUAGUGAGAAACAACUGAAGCAUAAAGUGGACCAUCUGAAAGAUGUGAUUGCUUCAAAAUCAGAAGAACUACGCAUAAUGUCAGAACGUGUACAAGAAACGAUGUCUUCAGAAGUGCUCAGUCUUCAGCUUGAGCUGCUAUCCUUUGAGCAAGGAAAGGCAGACCUUGAGGACAAGUUACAUGAUCUGCAAUACAGUAAAGAACAGCUGGAACUUGGAAAUAGCAAUUUGAUGAAUCGAGUGGCACGGCUUGAAGAAGAGAAAGAAGAGAGAGAAAAAGAUCUUGUUUCUUUUUGCAGUGCAUUAGAGAAAGCACGAGAGGUGAACCGAGAUCUUCAAGUUCAGCUUGACCAUGCGCUACAGCAGGCCCUGGAACUUCCCAGUCAAGGCAAUUCUCUAUUUGCUGAGGUAGAGGACCGUAGAGUAGAAAUGGAGCGUCAACUAAUUAGCAUGAAAGUAAAAUAUCAGUUGCUACAAAAACAGCAUACUUUCACUAGAGAACAGUUGCAAAGAAUCAAGCUACAGAUGGCUACUCUCCUAAGAAUGAAAGGCUCACAAGGGGAGCAUGAUCAGUUGGAACGCUUACAAAGCAUGCUUCAGCAAAAGAAUGGUGAAAUAGAAGAACUUCUCAUGAAAGUGAAACAAUUAGAAAAAUCUAUGAAGGUAUCUGAGAAUUCAAGACAGCUAAAACCAUCUAAUGCCUCAGAAUAUGCAGAAUUUGAAGGUGGCUAUUAUGUUGAUUUGCUUCAAAUGAAACUUGAGAAUUCAGAUAAGGAGAAAGAAAAUUUGAAGAAUCAAUUGUCUUUACAGCGGAUGAAAGCUUUAUUUGAAAGUCAGCGAGUCUUAGAGAUGGAGCGAAAGCUUUUUGUAAAUGAAAAGCAACUUGAAGCUUGUCAAAGUGAGAACAUAAAUUUGCAUGUGCUGCUAGAUGAACUGAAAAUCAAAUAUGAACCAGAAGAGUUAAUGGGAGACCUGAUCAGCCUCAAGAAGGUUGGAAGGGAUGGGUCUUCAGACAGCUUAAAUACCAGAAAUUCUACUAUGUGUGAAUCUUCUUGUUUGCCAUCUCAAAACAAAGAAGUGGCAAAAGACACUACGGCUGCUCUGCAAACUACACUUCAAGUUAUGUCAAUGAAUGUUGUUCCCUUUCCACCAAUCGAUCAAAGUGAUCAGCCUGGAAAGAAGACGGUGAAAAUUGAGGGGAAAGACUUAAACAGAACAGCUAUAAAUAAGAAAACUGGGAAUGAUACAGGACUGCUUCAGACCACCAGGUUAACCUCUGACCCUGGUUUAAAGACUGAAGAAAAUCAUCCUGGUGAAGCUGAAGAUAUAUCCAAGUGCAAGAAGAAAGCCAAAAAGAACACUUAUCCUGUAACAUAUAUAUCUUCGAAGCAAAACCUUGAAACUCAAUGCACUCAACAAUGAAUAUUUUUUCACUUAUGGAGGACCUUUCAAAUGUAUCUGAAGUAGUCUACCCCAAGCUGGAGUGCUCCAGAUGUGUGGACCACAACUCUCAUCAUCUCCAGUCAGUAUUACCUGGGCAUGAUACAAGUUCUGGUCCAAUUCACGUACAGGAUUCCAGACUGGGGAAAGCUGUUGCAGAAUAAUGAGUGGGACAAAUAAAUGAUUUUAAUGACAUCAGCAAAACAUAAUGCCUGAACAAUUUAUUUGAAGCUGUUGCUUCAGUUGUGAGAAUUGUGUAACAUAUUUUGAAAGCUGCAAAUUUGUAAGGAAAAAAAAAGUAUGCCUACCAGCAGUAUAUUCAUGCUAAUAUACAGUCCACUCUUGUCUGUGUGAUACCCAAGUGAACAUGUAAGGCUAGAAAUAAAUAAAUGGUUGUAAUAGAAAUUGGAAUGUAACAUAACAGUAUUU